AAUCUGUGUAAAUAUAUAGGUCUUCAGAGAUAUUGUACUCGACUUUAUUGAGAGUAUUUGAGUUAUCUUACACGUAAGUCCUAUCGAUAUCCGUACAAAGUGCGUUUCAUUCCCAUAACAUAUACAAUGGCGGACGAGACCUUCAGGGAUGACCUCGAGAGCGAAGAGGCACGCAUAAUCGCCGAAGCAGAAGCCCUUGCAGCCAGUGUGGCCUUAGAAGACGCAUCUGCAGACACAACCGAAGCCACAGCAGCAGACGGUGAUGAAAAUACCACAGAUGUCGCGGGUGUGGCAGGUGAUGAUGAUGAAAUAGAUGACCCUGAACUGGAGGCCAUGAAACAGAAGGUCAAGGAGAUGGAAGAAGAGGCUAAGAAAUUACAGGAAAUGCAGGAUCAAGUGGAAAAACAAAUGGCUGUUGCUGCGCCUACAGAGCCCAAGGAGGACAUCGAUGCUCGGUCGGUGUAUGUGGGCAAUGUGGACUAUGGCGCCACUCCCGAAGAAUUGCAGAUCCACUUUGGCUCAUGCGGGGCUAUUAACAGGAUAACAAUCAUGUGCGACACUUACACUGGACAACCUAAAGGAUACGCGUAUAUCGAAUUUUCUGAUAAGAGCGCUGUGGAUAAUGCACAAGUGUUGGACGAAUCCUUAUUCAGAGGGAGACAGAUCAAGGUAGUCCCCAAACGAACCAACGUGCCUGGUCUAAAGAUGAGGGGCGGCAGGCGAGCACGCAGAGGUGGAGCUCCGGGUUAUAGUCCCUAUUACAACGCACGAGGCGGUGGAGGUGGUCGUGGCGGCGGAGGUCGUGGAAGAUUCACUGGGUAUGGCAAUAGGCGAGCGAGCUUCCAGUAAUAUGCACAACGGGAUGAUUCGCUCAGAAGGGUACUACAUGGAGAUUCUCAUUCACGUAGAUUGUAGCAUGCACAGACCCUCAACAUUAGACACAGGUCGAGUAGUACGGCUUCUUUGGUACACUAGAGCACGCCUGGAAUAUAGGAAUGAGAUAUGUUCUGCGCAUCAAGCUCAUGUGUGCACAUAACGAGCGCGGCAGUUUCCACUUGAAUAUUGCGCAAAUAAAAAUAAACUCAUCAUAUAGCUUCUG